AUGGGUCUCUUCUCGUGGUGGAGGGGAGGACGACGCGGCGGCGGCCCGCCGGACCAGCAGGGCCAGCAAGCCUCUGCGGUUUCGGGGGUCGUGGGGACCGAGGUGGCAGCUUCUGGCACCCACGGGGCGGUGGAGGUGCGGCGGCAGCGGCAAGCUGCGGACGCGACGGUGUUCGAAUUCGGGUCCGCGGCGGAGUCUGGCGCCGCUCUGACGCUCGCGGGGUACUGCCCCGUCUCCGACGAGCUCGAGCCGUGCCGCUGGGAGCUGGUCCCGGUCGCCGGCGAGGGCGCGCCGCAGUUCCGCAUCGUGUUCUGA